AUGGCGACCUCUUCGCCCGGGCGGGGGCCUCGUGGAUGGCCUCGGCACCGUUGGCACGAGCCCCGUUUGGGCAAGGAGGCCUCCCCGUUGCGGACCGCUGCCGUCAGCUGGAGGCCCGUAGGCUCCGCACAGGUGCGGGAAGCGCAGGUCCAGCUGAAGCCAGCCAAGCUCACCCCUCUGGACGCGGUACGCCUCUCCGCGCUGCUGGAGGACUGCACAGACCAGCUCACCAUCCUUGGCUACAUCAUGCCCGUUUCCUACGAGGGCAGGAAGGAUGUCAGCAAUCUUGAUGAGAUGGAGAUCAAGAACAUCACCGAGAACCAGAAAGCGCUGAGCAUCAAAUACAAGACCCUCAUGGACACUCGGGCAGAGAGCCAGGCGAAGGUCCCGCUUGAACUCGGCAAAAUCGCGGACCUCGGGCGACAGCUGCAGGAAACCAGCAGUGACCUGAAGAGGUCCAACCACCUCUUCAACAUGGCUACCAAACAGAGCGCUGUGUCUGCAGACAACCUCAAAAAGGUCCAAGCUGACAGGCAGCAAGCGAACGACGUGCUUGAAGACAGCAAGGACGAGCUGCUGACGCUGGGGACCUUUCACACCCUGCAGCUGGCGGUCAGUAGAGAAAAGGAUCUGAGGGCCCACAUCCAGAACCUCAUCUUCAGGGAGGAGAUGGGGCGGAAGAAGAUCAAGUGUCUGCAGAAGCAGCUCAGUGACGUCAAGAAGGAAAUGGACUUUGAGGUGCAGAACCGGAAUGAGAUGAUUGCCUACCUGAAAGACCAGCUGCAAGAGAUGAAGGCGAAAACCGACAUGGAAAGCCGCUACGUCAAGAAGGACACAGAGCUGCAGGUGGCCCAGGUGCAGAAGAGGUGCUCUGCUGCGGAGAACGACCUGCAGAACGAGAUUGAGAAACUGAGAAACCAAACUGAGCAAGAGAUCCGCGUCCAUCUGGAUAUUGAGAGUUUCCUUAAGCAACAGCAAAUGAGCAUUGAAGAGAAGCUCGAGUACUGGAUGGAGAAGUACGAGAAGGACACGGAAGCCAAGCAGCAAGCCCUCAACGCCCUGAAGUCUUCCAGAGCAGCUGACCAGGCGGCCCUCCAGGAACUGGCCAAACAGUGCCUCGCAUGUGAGCAAGCCAUAAUUGAGGACCGAAAGGAAAAGGAGCGUGCGCGGAAGAAGGUGGAGCAGGAUGCCCUGGAGGCAAAGAGCCUCUUAAAGCUACAGGCGUGGUGGAGAGGCAUGAUGGUCCGCAGGUUCCUUGGUCCUUACAAGAACCUCAAGAAGGCCUUGGAAGAAGAGCCAACAGCCAAAGACAAAGGGAAGAAGGGCAAAGGGAAACCUGGAGCGAAGAAGAAGAAGUGA